CUUCUUUCCGAAAAUGCCCCUGCCUGUUCUGCACGCCGGUUCAUACAAAAAGGGCCUCACGGCACACAGCAUAUUUGCUCUUGCUCACUCGCCCGGUCGCCCCUCCUCUUCCACUCCUCGCUCGCAGUCGCAGCAAGCCGGGAACAACACGAGCAGGGGGAGGGGAAGAAGAGGAGACCUACCAUACCAUAGAUUCGGAGCCAGAUACUCAAUCAGUAUCCUGUACCAUUACCACCAGGCGCGCACCAGGUUACCAAAAUCUCGUGUGGAGGGAAAUGGCGCCCAGCAGCUACGAGGUGGCGGCUUCCAUCCUCCUCUGCGCCGAGGACAGCAGCAGCAUCCUGGACCUCGAAGCGGAGGCCGAGGAGGAAGCGCUACUGGCGCGGAGCGGGGAGCCCGGCGGCGGCGCGGAGUUCCCCGUGCCGUCCGAGGAAUGCGUCGCCGGUUUCCUGGAGUCUGAGGCAGCGCACAUGCCGCGGGAGGACUACGCCGAGAGGCUGCGCAGCGGGGGGAUGGAUCUCCGCGUCCGGACGGACGCCAUCGACUGGAUUUGGAAGGUUCACACGUGCUACGGUUUCGGCCCUCUCACUGCCUGCUUGGCCGUCAACUACCUGGACCGCUUCCUCUCGCUCUACCAGCUUCCGGAAGGCAAGGCUUGGAUGACACAGCUGCUGUCCGUGGCGUGCUUGUCCCUGGCCGCCAAGAUGGAGGAGACCUACGUCCCUUCGUCCCUGGACCUGCAGCAGGCCGGGGACGCGCGGUACGUGUUCGAGGCGAAGACGAUCCAGAGGAUGGAGCUCCUGGUCCUCAGCACGCUCAAGUGGAGGAUGCAAGCGGUCACCCCCUUGUCGUACGUCGACUACUUCCUCCACCGGCUCCGAGGCGGCGCCGCGCCGAGCAGACGCGCCGUCCUCCGAUCCGCGGAGCUCAUCCUGUGCAUCGCCAGAGGGACGCACUGCUUGGAUUUCAGGCCCUCGGAGAUCGCCUUGGCCGUCGCCGCCACCGUGGCCGGCGAAGAGCGCGCCGUGGACAUCGACAGGGCCUUCACCCACCGUGUACAUAAGGAGAGGGUGUCGCGAUGCCUCGAAGCGAUCCAGCAGGCCACCGCCACCAUGGCCCUGCCGCAGCCGCUGAAAAGUGAAGGCCCGAGCAGCAGCGGCCGCAGGGCCUCGUCUUCCUCGGCCACCGUGCCGCGGAGCCCCACCGGGGUGCUGGACGCUGGCUGCCUGAGCUACAGGAGAGCCGCCGCCGCCGCCGCCUCGCACGCGAGCUCCAGCUGGCGCGACGAGGACGACGACGACUGCCCCCCGGCUGUCUGCAGCAAGAGGAGGAAGAUUAGCAGAUGAUUAAAGCCAAUGAUGGACGGAUGAAAAAGUCAAGCGGUUUUUGAUCGCACUGACUGAAGGGUUUGGUUUGCUGUGGGAGCCUCCGACGCCGGAUUUCAACCAAAGCGCCUGAAAGGCAAAAAAGAGGCGCAGACAGCCAAAAAAAAGCAGGGCAUUUCGGACGUGACGGAUCCGGCAGGCACAAAGACGUAGUACGACGCCCGGGAAUAAAGACGGCCCGAAACGCAUGGUAGAAACGUACUCCGAAUUUCGUGAGCUUUUUUUUUUUUUGCAACAGUAGGCACUAGGCAGUCAGCCACCACAAAAGCCCACAACGGCAUCGCCAGAAAAAAAAAAGCAAAGGUUUUGCAGGUUGACAAAGCUGAGAGAGACGGGACGAGACGACUGAAAUAAAAGGUCCUCGAGACGAUGGGGAUUGGGCGUAGUUUGCUCUGUUUUGUAAUUUUGCGACCAAUUUCCGUUUGUAAAAAAAGGAAAAAUGUAAAAAGAGAAGAAGAAAAAACAAUUCUUGCUCAAAAAUUGAAAAAAAUUAAUAGCGGAUAA